AUGGGGUUGCUCGGCGGCAUCUCUGCGGGCGGGAGCAUAGCUCUCGGAAUUAUUGUGGGAUUGCUAUCGACCAGUAUCCAGAGCCUGGGAUUGACGUUGCAGCGAAAGUCGCAUAUCCUCGAAGACGAAAAGGGACCUCUCGAUGUCCGCCGACCACCGUAUCGCAGGAGGAGAUGGCAGAUUGGAAUGGGAAUGUUUAUUGUGGCGAACCUUCUGGGAAGCACCGUUCAAAUCUCGACGCUGCCACUCCCUGUCCUCUCGACCCUCCAGGCCGCUGGCCUGGUCUUCAACUCGAUUUGCGCAUCCCUCAUCCUCAGCGAGCCGUUUACUAGCUGGUCUCUCUCCGGCACGCUCCUUGUUACAACCGGCGCGAUACUCAUUGCUAUAUUUGGCGCCAUCCCCGAGCCGGCGCAUGAUCUAAAAGAGCUGCUCGAGCUGUUGGGACGGAGACCAUACGUGAUUUGGAUGAUAUUCCAGGCACUCUUCGUCAUCUCCCUUGCAUUGGCCAUCGACAUUAUCAACAACGUUUCAAGCAUCUCGCACGAUGCUAGAUUCCGGCUUGCUCGGGGUAUUACUUACGGCGUGAUCAGUGGGGACUUAUCGGCCCAUGCGCUCUUAUUCGCCAAAUCCUCCGUCGAGCUGGUCAUCAAAACAAUUGCGGGACGCAACCAAUUCGCCCAUUGGGAGUCCUGGGCAAUUGUUAUGGCCCUUGUCACUUUGGCCUUGUGCCAACUAUACUACUUACACCGAGGCCUCAAGCUGGUCUCCACCUCGGUCCUCUAUCCCCUGGUUUUCUGUGUCUACAACAUCAUUGCGAUUCUUGACGGUUUGAUCUACUUCAACCAAACCAGCCUAAUUUCACCUCUGCGUGGUUCUCUCAUUGCCUUGGGCACCGUUGUAUUAUUAUCGGGCGUGCUCGCCCUAUCAUGGCGACUCAGCGACGAACAGCAUACACCUGGAGUUGGUCAAUCAUCCUUGGCGCCCGGACUUGGCCUUGUCGAGGAUACCGAAGGAGAAGAAGAGUCUUUGCUGGGUUCCGAUCAUGCAAUUGCGGAGGAAAACGGACGACCAUCGACCUACCAUACAUUUCCUGUAAAUGGCGAAAUUACACCGAUGACACCCUCACGCAAGAGAAGCUCGCGAUGGGCUGAGCGUGCAGAGAUCUGGGGCGAGUUAGAAGACCGCGAUGAACCAGGCUCUCCUUCAAAUCGACGGCGUUCCAGUACGAUGCCGGGAUUUAGCGAGUCAUCACCUUUGCUUGGUCAAAGGAGGUCAAUGCCUGCUCCACCUUUGGGCGAUGAAUCCGGACCCAGCGCCGAGUCUUCACCGCGGAAAUUGACUAGGCGACGAAGGAAGAGCACUGGCUUCCCAGGCCUCGUUGCUCGUAGACAUCUUCGACAUAGAAGCUCGACGACGUCGGAGACUCUAGGCGGCCUCUUUACAUUGGGAUGGUGGAGAAACCGCGGCAGGCAGCCAUCGCAUGGAUCCAGUGCUGGCGAAAGCUCUCUACGGUCAUCGUACCGAGAUGGCCGUGAAAUCGGCCGGGAGGAGGGCGGUGCUAGAGGGAGCCGGACUAGCGAUUCAGCUGUAUGA